AUGACGUACAACAAGUUAGAAGAAACAGAAUCGAUAUAUUCUGCUGAGUCUACUAUUAUCAAACAAGAUGAACCUAAAAAACUGCCAGUGCUUCAUAGAAUAAAGAAUUUGAAGCUACGAAAGGAUGGAAGAGUCAACAAAAUAUUAAACAGUAAGUAUUUUUAUAGUCCGGAAGGUAUGAUAGUUUGAGUAGGGCAGGGUAAGCAGAGUGAUAGAAUAUGGAAAAGUAAAGUAGGUUAGGGUAGAGCCGAGAAUGAUAGGGCAGGUUAAUAUUCAGUGGGAUAAAUAGAGCUAGAUUUAGGACAGUACGGUAAGAUAAAGUUAUAUUAUAGUAGAGCAAGAUAGUAUGCAGAAGCUAGAGAGAUUUGAAUAAACAUGGUACGGUAGAGUAGGGUAGGGUAGGGUAGGGUAGGGUAGGGUAGGGUAGGGUAGGGUAGGGUAGGGCAGGGUAGGGUAGGGUAGGGUAGGGUAGGGUAGGGUAGGGUAGGGUAGGGUAGGGUAGGGUAGGGUAGGGUAGGGUAGGGUAGGGUAGGGUAGGGUAGGGUAGUAAUGUCUGUUUACUUCUAGAAGACGUCAAAGUAAAGCACCUAGUCCUCUUCUGUAUAGCCCUAUACCUAGUACCAUUAGUAUACAAAGAAUCUGGACUUGCUUUAUUGGUUCGUCAUACUGUAAUGAGUGGGUAUUGGUUUGUUGAACAUCAAUAUCACAAUAUCAAAAAUUGGCUCAACGAAGAUGAGAAGAUUAAACCUUAUUAUGGUGGAUCAAACAGCAGAGUAAGUUGGCUUGUGUAUGGUAUUAUAAUAGGAUAGGGGUAGGUAAUAGGAAGUAUAAGUAUUGAACCUCCUGCUACCUACCCUUAGUGCUAGCCCGAUUCUAGUAGAGUAAAAUGAUGGUUACUGUUCUUUUUUACUUUCAGCGUUACACAAACGGAAAUCAAAGAUACUAUGGGCCUGGUGGAAUACCUACUCGUUAUGUGAAUCGUCAUGGACUUAACUAUGACUAA